AAUAACGUAUUGUUAUCGCACUGUUAUGUGACAAACGGACUAAGUUAUUUUUAUAAUAUAUUGUUUGUGCAUAAGGGCACAAGUCACACAAACUUUUUUUUUGUGUGUUUCGUUUCGUAUAUGCGUUUAUAAUAUUAAUUGAGAUUUUAAUAAUUAUUUAUUUUCUAUUUCUUCACUUAGAUAAUCAGUAAUUAUAAUAGAAACGUUAUAAUAUUUUUAGUGAACAAAGACACAAGUCACAUGUAAAUUUUCAGAACCUAAGUGUUAUUGGGUAUAAGUCCAUGUAAACAAUAAGAAAUUUCUUUUUUACUUAAAAAAAUUUAAAAUUGCAAUAAUUAUAUUCAUUAUAAAACCUAAAUAUUUUUGGAUUGGGUACCAUUUCAAUGUUUUUUUUGUUUAUUGAAAAACUACUGGAUGAAUUUUUAAGCAAGUAAUCAAUGUGAUGAAAUUUCUUUGAAAUUAAGGAAGACUCCAUAUCAACUUUGGCCCAAUUAAAUACGCCGUUCGUUUUCCCGGGAUCACGCACCGAGUGGCUUGUUAAGGUGGCAAUAGUCACGGUAACCCGUAUACCAGAAAGAUCGAAACUUUCAGACAACAACAACCACCACCACAACAACAACAAUUAUCACCACCACAGCAACAACUAACACCACCACCACAACAGCAGCAAGCUAUGUCUCUUGGGUCGAAUUGUAUAACAACACCAAAAUCAGCUAGUCCAAUGAAAAAUCAACAACCUUUGCCUUUACAUGAUUUACCAUCACAAUCACCUUGUCCCAAUCCAGUGUCUGAAACUCCAAUAUCAAUUACUUCGGUUACUCAAUCGUCUACAAUUCAAGAUUAUCAGAAUAAACAGAUAAAACUUGAAGAUGAAAAAUCAAUUAGUGAGAAGUCUGAAGUAAAAUGGCCAGUCAAACGUAAGAUUUGUAAGAUAGAACGGAAAAAGCGACUGAAUGCUCGAAUGCGUCGCUUAGUAUCACCCAAAAGUCCAUUAAUGGUAUUUUCUGAGUUGUUCAAAGAUGUACCAAUUCACUUACAAGAGCACCCACUUCAUAAUGUUAUGAGUUAUACUGCUACACUCGAGGUUGAUGGUCAAAUGUAUUCUGGAAAUCAUAUUUCCAAGACUCAAGCCAAACAAAAGGCAUGUGAAAACUUCUUGCGCAUUAUGUUAGGAAAAAAAUUAAGUGAACGAUCUGAAAAAAAAGAAGAAUCGCCGAUGGAAGUUGAGAUGGAAAUUGGAGAAAAUAGUUCAGUAUCAAAACCUAAAGGACCACCACAGGAAGAUUUCCCAUGGCCACAUUUUGCUUCAUUAGCUAUGCAUAACUUAAUAAAUCAAUGGGAACUACAGCCUGUUGUUACUAAAGCUAAUUAUGUACAAGAAGAACCAAAUGUUAUCAAAUCACAACCUAAGACUGGAGCCAUGAGAAAGUUUCCUGAAAACCCCAAAAACUGUAAUCCAAUACAGUUAAUAAAUCAAAUGAAGCCUGGUGUAAAAUUUGUUGAAACUAUAAUUAGUUCAAAAACACCAUCACUGUUUCAAGUAAACUGUGUAAUAGACGAUGUUUCAUUCACUGGACAAGGAUCGACAAAAAAAGCAGCGAAAAAGGAAUGCUGUAUUGCAGCAAUAAAAAGUAUUUGGCAAUUUGAUUUCCACGCCAUAGAAGAUAAUUAACUCAUUAAGAAUUAAAUUUGAUAUUUAUAAUAAUAUACGUUUGAGUACUAGUUAUUUUUAUUAGUCAACUGUAUUUAUUUUAUUUUAUUAUCGAUUAGAAUACUUAUGAGGUUAUUAUUAUAUGGAAAUAGUAUUAACUAUUAAUUUUAAUAUUUAUAUUUUUUUUCAUUAUAGUAAUAUGGAAUUAAAUAACAUACUUAACGUAUAAUGGAUUAGAAUCACCCUAAUCCUGAAGUUAUUUAUUUAAAUCUAUAUAAAAUAGAUAGAUUAUUUGUAUAUAUAUAUAAAUGUUUUGUCUAUUAAUAUACUUUGAAAAACAAAUUACAUAAAAUAAUACAAAUUACUCCAAUAUUAGAAUCUAUAUAUUCGAAUUAGAAAUUUACCAUUUUGUUACUAUCGUACACUCGAGUAUCAAUUCUCUAGUCCUUGACAAUUGAAUGUUAAAAUUGUGUCUUAACAUUUUUUAGAAAUAUUUAAGUGAGGAGUGACAUUUUUAGUAAUAGAAUUUUUCGGUAAGAUAAUUGUUUGUGUUGGAAGAGAUUGGUCAGGAUUGCUAACACUCAGACACUAUUUUAUUUAGUGGCAGACUGGACGACCGGAAUACCAGGAAAUUUCCUGGUAGGCCACUGCUCGUAUAAAAUAUAUAUUUAUUAAUAUUAUUAUUCUGAAAUUAUAGAUUAAAAUAUUACCUAAUAAGUAAUAAGUAUGUAAUAUUAUUAAACAUAAAAACCUAGAUUUCUGAUUAUUUUAAAAUGCGAGACCGGCUUGUGUUCGGCCAGUCCAUGCUUGUUGACAAUUUAUUGUAACAAAUUUAAAAAUAGAAUCUCAAAUAGUAAUUUAUUUUGUUUUGUUUUAUAUCAAUUAAUUAAAAAUUUAAAAGCUAAAUUGUGUUUACAAAAGCAUUUAAUAAUUAUAUAUAUAUAUAUAAUUAUGAUUUUCCCGGGCUGUUUUUUUUCUCCCAGUCCGUUACUUAUUUUAUCUCUAGUAGAAGUAGCUAAAAGGUAUUUUCUAGUAAUCUGCUUAAUAUCUCAAGGUGGGAAGAAAUAAUUUGGCUCUUAAUGAUGAAUUACAAAAAUAUAAUAUUUUUUUUAUUUAUUAGAAUUUGGCUAUUUAGUAUUGUGCAGUUUAUUAAUAUUUCACCUCUAAGUAGCAUAUGUAAUGUGUUAUAGUAUAUUUAAUAAUUAUAACUGUUUGUAUUUUCCAAAUUAUAUUUAGUAUGUAUAUUUCUUAA